AAAGUUGAACGUAAUACGCAUUUAAGAUGUCAUUUUGAUAUCGCAUUUUUCGGAAAGCAUAAUGCGUAAUGUGAAAUUGACAUCAAAACAAUAUUACAAUUAGCGAGCAUAAUUGGCCUGCAGCUUUGAUGGUUUGUGGUUUGUUUGCUUUCGUAAAAUGCAAUGAAGACGAAGUUUGUUUACAAAUAUUUAAUUUUACUUACACCUUAAAUUACAUAAUUUCUGCAAUCAAUGUCUUUGAUCAAAAAGACGCGCAAUGAUGCAGUCAAAGCUGCAGUCACUUCCUACUUAGAACGUCGAAACUAUCCCGACGUAAACAUAUUUAACAGCAACAAUUCUUUGAGUCGAAGUGCCGAACAGAUGGCUGUUUCUACCAUUGUUCAAUGUGAAGCGAGUCGCGCUAAUUCAAUCUUAUUUUCAUGUAUAAACAAUGAUCCCGGGCAAUAUGAUACUCAGUAUAGCAAGUUGGUAAACUUCAUCAAAGACUUAAAAGUGGAAAAAGUUAAAAAUGAAUUGCUUGGUUUGUUGAGCCCUUUGCUAUGCCAUCUUUACUUGGAGAUGCUACGUGGUGGUCAUGGUGGACAAGCACAGAUGUUCCUGAAAAGGCAUUCGGCAACAUUACCACAAAAAGAUAUGUCAUAUCAUCAGCCUAUUGAUGGGAAUUUGCCCUCGGCUUUAUAUCGGCCAAACAGUUUAGAGCAACUCUUCAAUUCCCUACAAAAUGGUACAAUAGACAAUGAAACACCUGAGAAAGACUAUUUGAACCAAAUCCUAGAUGAUAUUGGCUCAAUAUAUACUUUGCAAGAAGUUGAAACAAGACCAUCAAUAGCUGCAUUUAGAUCCUGUAAAUUUGAUAUUUAUUUAUCCCAAGAUGCCCUUAACAUACUCAAAGCAUAUCUUGCUAAACACAGUCAUGUGCUCUUAAUACAGGAUGAUGAAGAUCAAGUAGAGGAGGAGAGAAAUAUUCCCAAAAUUAAUGCUGAACAAAAUGCUUUUGACGACAAUGUUCUGGAUAUAUUUUCAAAAUGUAAUGGCCAUGCAGACUAUCAAAGUAUAGACAAAGAGCUUAAAGAUUUACAAGAUGCAAUCAAAGGAGUAAGGGAAUCAAUGGCACCACUCAAAUUGUACAAAGUUGCAGCUCCAGAUUCACAUCUAGUAUGUGCCAAGACUGACCCCUAUUGCAAUGUGCUAUGUGGAGGUUUCAGUAACUCUGAAAUCAGGCUAUGGGAUUUGGGACAAAACAAUGUUAAACGUAGAAUCAAUAGAAACAUAUCUGAAGUAGAAAUAGCAUGCAACAUGCCACCUGAGCCCCCACCGGAUGACAAUACUUUACAAGUAGGUGCUGGAUUACCACUGAGAGGUCACACAGGGCCCAUACAAGCAGUCAGUGUACUAGCUCAGGAACAAUUAGUUUUGUCGGCUUCCCAUGAUUGUACGAUGAGGGCCUGGCGAUUAUAUGAUUACUCAUGUGCUUCUAUAUAUAGAGGUCACAAUUACCCUAUAUGGUGUAUGGAUGUUUCAAAAAAUGGACUAUUCAUUGUAACAGGAUCUCAUGAUAGAACUGCAAAGCUUUGGUCAUUAGAUAGAACCUUUCCUGUGAGAGUAUUUGUGGGACAUAUGUCUGAUGUUACUUGCGUAAAGUUCCACCCAAACGAAGCGUACAUAGCCACCGGGGGCGCGGAUCGCAGCGUCCGCCUGUGGACCGUGUGUGACGCGCGUCUUGUCAGAGUUCUAUGCGGUCAUCGCGGAGUCGUCAGAGCCCUGGCCUUUGCUCCAUCCGGCGAUUACUUGGCCAGUGCCGGUGAUGACAAGAAGAUAAAAGUCUGGGAUCUGGCAGCUUGCACAUGCGUUCAUGAGCACAGAGGGCAUCAUGGAAAAGUGACAGCUCUGGACUGGUCAGCAGUGGGAAAAGCCAGUCUCACCAAUAGGAUACAAUUGGACCCUAGUGAUUUAUCAAUUGAAAAUUCUCUAUUGUGUUCUGCGGGCAUGGAUGGAAUAGUGAAAGUUCUAUGGGAUAACCAAGCCAAAAAUAAGCAAGUAUCCAGUCAAGAUGUACAAUCUUCAACUUACAACACAAAAUGCUCAUAUUUAGUGGAUGUCCAAGUUCACCCUGAUUGGGUUGUGGCAAUUGGAACCAAAAGAUAGUUUUUAAAAUAAGUUUUCAACAACUCAUUGUCAGUAAGCAGCUUUUAAAUGUGAUGUGGAGAACUUAUUAAUUUAAUUUCACAAAUAAAAACGAAAUACCUAUCAUGCGACAUUAUUUUAUUUCCAGCAAACUGAACAAUAACAAAAUGGAAUCAGCUUGUUUUUUUUUAUUAAAUAGUUCUUUAUAGUUUGAAACCUGUUUAUAAGGUUAUCCAUAUUCCAUAGUUACACAAUAAAAUUUGUAUUUCUUAAGAACACAAAAUUGUGUCCUGAUAAAAGUAAAAAAUAUGUUAUGAAUAGGAUUUACUUUCAAACCAGAACAUAAUUUUAAAAUAACAAAACAUACCCAUACUACAGGACCCAUUCAGGGGGGUCAGGAUUAAUAUUUUAAAAAAUGUUACCAUAAUUUGUAAUAAGAACAUAUUUCUUUUAUUUAUACUUUUUUAAAAAAGUUCAUCAAUGUUGCCUGUUUUCCUUUCUGAGGGGAACUCAACUUUUUCUUAUUAUUUUUAUUAACAUUGAUAUUUUUCUUAUCUUUUGGUGGAGCAUCAAUAGUUUUCAAAGGUGUGACUUUAACAUUUUCAUUGUUUUCCUUGGUAUUAAUAUCUUCAUUUUCUGAACAACUCUCAUAGACUUCUUCCUUUUUAGUUAAUAUAUAUCCUUCUUCAUCAGUAUAAGUCUUAUCAACUAUCUUUCUCCUCUUCUUAGGAUUUACAAUUCCAGAAGUAAUUUUAACAGUGUUUAUUAAUGGAGUAGGAGGUAUUUCAUCAUCUGACUCUGGUUCAGUUGCAGAUUUAUCUACAAAAGGAUCAUUCUUUUCAUUCUCACUUUCACUAUCCGAGACCUGCAAUACUCGUUUUCGCUUCUUAUUCACUUUGGCAGUCUUCUUUAUUUGAUCAAGAUUUUUUGUAGAUUUAGAUGUGCUACUGUCUUCUUUUUUAUUAUGAUGUUUUCUCACUUCUUCGUCAACUUCCAUUUUCUCAGAUUUUCUUAUCUCUUCAUGAUUUUUUUCAGAAUGAUUUUCUUGAAUGUUAUUCACAGACUUUUUAGUUAUAGUAUUAUUACUGUCUCUAUUAAAAAAUCCAGCUAUUCCUUUUUGGUUCUUAUUAACAUUUUUUAAAUCAGGUUUAUGUGAAUAACCAUUAGACAGGGUUUUUUUGGGUGAUGGUAGCUCUGUUUUUAUCAAAGGUUCUGAUAAUGUAUGUUGAAUUUUUGCGACAGAGUUUUCACCUGUGUUAUUUUUCUCUUUAUUACAUUCUUCUUUAACUUUCUUCUGCAAAGCAGGGGCAGAUUUUUUCUCAAUCGUUAUAUCUUGACUACUGGUUCUUGAUUUUUGAAUUUCUUCAGCUGGUCUCUUUUCACACAAGUUACUUUUUAUAAGACCAGUGCAUAGAGGUAAGUCCUCAAAUUUGUUAACCGCCAUAUACGAGACAUUGUCUGCAGAUGAAUUUCCAGCACAUAAGCUAUACACAUGCUGAAAAAAUAUAGUUUUGAAUUUGGUUUGUAAAUCCGAUAAUUCACUUUCAUUGCAAACGGUUGUUUGAGCCCUGUUAUUGUCAAGUAAUCCAGAAAUGAUGUAGCUUGCACUAAGAGAUGUAUUCGUAGGGAUUUUGCGUAGCUCGCUAAGAACAUUGGUGAGUAAAACCUUGCUUUCAUUUACAUGGAUACAAAGUUCUUUGCUAAGGGAGACGUAAGUGACCAAUUUGCUCUCAUCAAGCAGCAUUUCCUUUACUGCACACAUAUUACUAGUAUCACUUACUUCUUUCAUUUUUUUUAGCGAAAGGGAAGGACGGCCAGACCGCCAAAAGAUUACUUGGUCAGGGGAGUGGAGCGCCAGUAUAAAAUAAUUGUUCAGUGACCGCCACACCGCCAGUUCUAAUUGCAAACAAAAACAAUUUUUUUUGUUAAGUUCUCCCUUUUCAGGGAAGGCAAAGGGAACAAUGCCCAUACAGCCUAGUCUUUUUCGAUAAGCUUCUGUGAGGUAGUUAUUACUACAAUAAAAU